GGAACUAAUCGCUUCUCAUCGCUUCAUCUAGCCCAGUCGCAUAAGAAUAAGUUGGGUGAGAGAACGUUGGCAGGCAUGAACUUCUGCCGAAAUAACAAGUCUCAGCAAAUUAAAUAUCUGGUAUCAGUGACGUAAAUUGGUUUCAGAAAUGAGUAUAAUUUACUGGAAUUGUGUAGUUAUAAUUAUAACGAUCGUUAGUCACACAUCGGGUGACACAUGGCAACAAGUGGCCAGUCAUCCAUCUUGGAAGAAGUUGGAAUCGUUUGAGUGCGGCUUCAGCGCCGCAGACCGCAUCAUCGGUGGCCUCAACGCAGCGCUCGGACAGUUCCCAUGGAUCUUACGACUUGGAUAUACCUUGGAGGGCGAAGACGAUCUGGACUGGAUGUGCGGCGGGGUGCUGGUCACAGACAGACACGUAGUGACCGCAGCCCACUGCGUGAAGACAGCAGACGACGGCAUUAAAUUGGUGUCAAUACGUGCUGGUGAGUACGAUACUCGGACAGACCCCGACUGUCAAACAGGAGUUUGCGCGCCACCGCUCCAAGAUCGCCAGGUGAAAGCCAUCCGCAGCCACGCCAGCUUCAAUAAGCCCCCCUUCCACAACGACAUUGCGAUUAUUGAGUUAGAUUCCCCGUUAGAUUUGAAUGACUACGUUGCCCCGAUCUGCCUGCCGCAGCAAGACCAGCUAACGGAUUUGCGCAUAGGCGAGCUUGUGACAGCGGCGGGCUGGGGCAAAAUGAACAUGUCCACGGACCAGAGGGCUGAUAUACUACAAUAUGUUUCGUUGCCAGUCCUAAAGCCAGAGUCUUGUGGUUUCUUCGGCAAAGGCUUUAAAGUAGAGAAGUCAGAAAUAUGUGCGGGCUCGCAGCGAAACAAAGACGCAUGCGGCGGAGACUCGGGAGGCCCACUUAUGAAGAUCUUCGACACGGCGGAAGGACCAAAAAGUUUCCUUGUUGGUGUGGUAUCGUUCGGACCGACAGUUUGCGGAAUUAAAAAGCCAGGCGUUUAUACAUCCAUACCAUAUUUCAUCAAAUGGAUUUUAGAUAAUAUUGCUUAAAAUUAUAUUGAACACGUUUACGAUCAAUAAAAAUAAUACAAAACA